CGGAGACAUCUCCAGAGCUCUCAUCAUCAGCAUUAGCACCAGCAUCACAGGAUUAACAGCAACAGAAGGAUGUCUUUUCGUGGCAAGAAUGCGGUGGUGACUGGCGGGGCCGGCGGCAUAGGACUCCAGGUGUCCAAGCAGCUCCUGACGGCUGGAGCAGCGAAGGUGGCCAUCAUCGACAUACAGGACAAUCUGGAGGAGUUCGUCAAGUUGCGGGCGGCCCAUCCCACGCAGAGCGUGAUGAUCGUCAAAAUGGAUGUGGCCAACAAGAAGGGCGUGGAGGCCACCUACGAGGAGAUUGCCAAGACCUUUGGGAGCAUCGACAUUGUGGUGAACGUGGCGGGCAUCUUUAAUGACAAGGAUGUCCAGCGCACUCUCCUCGUGAAUCUGGGCGGUAUCAUCAACUCGACGCUGAGUGCACUGCCCUACAUGAGCAAGGACAAUGGCGGCAAGGGAGGCAUUGUGAUCAACAUGAGCUCGGUGGUCGGACUGGAUCCGAUGUUCAUCAUUCCCGUCUACGGGGCCACCAAGGCGGGCAUCCUCAACUUUACUCGCUGCUUGGCGAACGACAAGUACUACGCUAGAUCGGGCAUCAAGUUUGUUACCGUCUGCCCUGGGGCCACCAUGACGGACAUGUUUACCAACUUCACGGAGAAGAUCAUUUUCCCGGAGACGAGCGACGAGACGUACAGGAUCCUCGACAGGCUCAACAAGCAGAGCGCCGCCGACGUGUCCCGCUGCAUCUUGAGUGUGCUCGAGAAGGACAAGAACGGAGCGGUCUAUGUCAUUGAGGGCAAGCGCGUCUUCCCCAUGGAAUUGAAGCCCCAAUGGACAGGCAAGGAACAGGCUCUCUAAGCUGUGCUGCACUCCUCCAACACUGACUCCAGCAUACUCCAGUUAUACAAACUAUCGAAAUUAGUAUUUAAUAAACAUGCGAAGCACACCACAA